UCUGCGGGCGGGGUGGGGGAAGAGUUGAGUUGAAUGGAAGGGCGCGAGAAAGAAAGCUAAAGGAAGAAAUGAGCGCGCUGUCUGUGGGUGCAGCUGGGUCUGCGCAGAACAUGGCCUCGGGGCCGGCGGAGGCGAUGGCUAGAGAGCUCCUCGCUCAGCUGCAGGAUGUGCAGGCCUUUGAGGACCAAACUAAAGACGGGAUAGAGUCUGAAUUACCAGCCAAGGUGUUGGCUGAGCAUGCAGUGAAUACCAGGAAGACUCACAAGUUCCUGUAUAUCCAGCUGCAAGUGGUGAAGUUCCUCCUAGAUUUCCUGGACUCUGCUCCUUGCGUCCAGGAUGCCUCUGACUCUGCUGUCCGGAAGGAGAUGGCAGAAGCGAAACAGCAGUGGAAGGCCCUCAAAGCUGAGUACCAGCAAGAGGUGGAGGCUAUUGAGGGGAUGGUCCUGCAAAUGCUGGCCAAACUGGAGGAAGCACGGGAUCGGGCCCAUCUCUUGGAGGAAGCUCUGCAGUGCUAUGAAGCCAAGAAACGGGAGAUGGAGGAGAAAGUAAGGAGUGCCCAGGACAGGUGUCUGAAAGAACAGGCGCAUUUAUGUGAGCGGCAGCGGCAGGUGGAAGGAUAUGUGGCAGAACUGCAGGGCAGACUACAGAUGCACCGCAAGGAGCUGCAGCGCCUGCAGGGGGAGCUAGCGGAACAAGAAUGCCAGGCUUGCGAUUGGCGGGAGAAGGUGCAAAGGAUCUCUGAUUUUGCAUGUCUCGUGGAGACAUUGCAGGGUGUAAAACUGAUUCACGCCUCGGAGAGGGACCUGGAGUUUGAGUUGAUCUCUCAGCCCCAGUCUGUGAACUCUGACGCCCAUCGCCUGAAGCUGUGUUUACAUUGGGGAGAGGAUGGAAAUAUUGUACUGCAGAGCGAUGGGCCCUUCUUCCUUCCUUCUGUUGUGCUCCCCAUGAAUUCGGGCAGCACCAUCAAGGAGAUCAUCCUGGAGCUGCAGAAUACCUACUCCCAGGAAGCAGAGCUUCUUGCUGAGAUUGAGUCACUGAGGAACUGUUUUGCCAUCAACUGGCAGGAAGAGGAUAGGGUGCUGCAUUACCUGACGCCGUCUUCCACUUGCAGACUCUACGUGGAGCCGGGAUAUCCAGUCAGUGGGGGAAUCUGCCUCCUCUCAGUCAAAAGUCAACAUGGUACAAUUGAUGCAGCUGCCUAUAGGCCCCCUCAGGAGAAGCCCUCGCUGCAGAACUGGCUGGUAUAUCUCAGUACCGUGGACUUCAGUGCUCCUUUCCUUUCCUGAGCAGCUGCUGAGGCUUGCAAGUACAGCAUGCUGAGGAGUGGGGCUUGGCAACUCGUUAAGAGCAACCUUCCUGUUUCCACUGGAAAAUGAGAGUUAGUGAUUGACAGCUCUCCAACUUUUUUUUUUUUUGGUAUGGACCACUUCAAACCCCUCUUGUCUUCUGUCUUAUUCUAUAAAUAAAUAAGUUCUGUCUCCCUCCAAGUCCUUUCAGUUUCAAUAUCCUUUUUCUUGAGUGGAUCUUCUUGCUGUAUGUUUUAACUGUCCCCCCCUCUUUCCUGUUGGUCUUACUGAGUUCUGCUAGGGAAUGGGUGUCUCAAGUGUGUGUCUGUUUUUGUUUGGAAGCCUUUCUGAGGCCUGUUUUCUGUUCAAUAAAACACUGUUCGGGUUUCUA